GUGGCCGACAGUCGCGCGCAGGCCUCCACGCGGACCGGUAGUCUGGUCACGACUCGCGCACCACCGAGCAUGACCGUACUUAACGCGAAACCAACCGACAAAUGAAUUCAAAAUUUUUAAAACAAUUAAAAUAGAAAAAAAAACGCUACCGCGAGUUUCUUUUAAAGGAGGCUAUGAGAAACGCCCAAAGCGAACUAAUUUGCUACCGAUAGCAUAUCAAAUACAGUUUUGAAAACAUAUCGCUAAUUCUAAACGUUCCGAGUUACGGUAACGCUAAGAACCAAAGGCCAUCGAAAAUGACAGUGGACGGAAUGACGCAAAAACAUUAUCUAUAUAUAAAAAAUAAAUAAAAACAGAGAUUUUACUGUGAAUAACACUGAGACAGGAGUGAAUUCGAACGGUGAUUGAAAGUGAUUUGAUUAGUGAGUGACUUCGUUUGACUCGGUGAUAGCGUAUUAUGUGACGAUGUGGCGAGGCAAACCGCUGCUCGAAGGCAGCAGACAGGGUUCGGUCGACGGCAAAAGUAAUGUUUCUAAUGACAAAGAGCUGGUACACAAGUGCCACAGCGACCCCGGUGGUGGACGAGCGUUGGGUGCAGCUCCAAGGACACACAGACAUCGAUCCGCCUCCGGUGCGUUGAGGAAAUGCGUUCUCACCCUCGACGGAUACUCGUAUGUUAUCGUGGCGAGUCCGCCGGGAGGCGCGGGCGCACCGCGGGAGGAGGCGCCACGUCCUCCGCCGCUCCCCACGCCCCGCAACGGCACCCCUCCCAAGCAAGGCGCGCUGACAAUCGUCCGCCGUUCUUCAAGCCGGAGUAAGACCGAGAGCUGCUCCACUCCUACUGACGAACAACUCGAUCAGCUCGAUCUAGAAACUGAACACUUGCCCGCCGUCGACACGCCCGACGCUUGCGAUAAGGCCGCACUGAGAUUACGCUAUCUAUUAAGACAAUUAAACCGAGGUGAAAUUUCUGCAGAGACUUUACAAAAGAACCUACAGUAUGCUGCAAAAGUGCUUGAAGCUGUCUACAUAGAUGAGACCAAACCGGCAGUGGCGCGUCAGCAGUCGGCCCCAACCCUGGUGUUUAGACGAUUAGCUGAUGAAGAUGACGAGCUCUCUGAGGUACAGCCUGAUGCGGUGCCCCCUGAGGUUCGCGAAUGGCUGGCGUCGACAUUCACAAGACAGCUGGCGACAGCCAAACGGAAGUCGGACGAGAAGCCAAAGUUCCGGUCGGUGGCCCAUGCGAUACGUGCCGGAAUAUUCGUCGACAGAAUCUAUCGCCGGGUGACCAGUACCGCUCUUAUGCAGUUUCCUCAGGAUGUCGUUAGAGUAUUGAAGACGCUGGAUGAAUGGUCUUUCGACGUGUUCACUCUGCACGAGGCGGCCAACGGGCAACCGGUCAAAUACUUAGGUUACGAACUGUUGAAUCGAUACGGAAUGAUUCAUAAAUUUAAGGUUCCUCCGACAAUCUUAGAGAACUUCCUCGGCCGGAUAGAGGAGGGCUACUGCAGGUUUCAUAAUCCCUACCACAAUAACCUGCACGCCGCUGACGUCGCGCAAACCGUGCACUACAUGCUGUGCCAGACCGGCCUUAUGAACUGGCUCUCGGACCUGGAGAUCUUCGCGACGCUGGUAGCCGCCGUGGUCCACGACUACGAGCACACGGGCACGACUAACAACUUCCACGUGAUGUCCGGCUCGGACACCGCCCUGCUCUACAACGACAGGGCCGUGCUGGAGAACCAUCACAUCAGCGCCGCCUUCAGGUUAAUGCGCGAAGAAGAAUACAAUAUACUCCAGAAUCUAUCCCGGGAUGAGUUUCGCGAAUUUCGUACGCUUGUGAUCGAUAUGGUGCUGGCGACCGACAUGUCCUUCCACUUCCAGCAACUGAAGAACAUGAGAUCGCUUCUGUCCCUCGCAGAGCCAACCAUAGACAAAUCGAAGGCUACAUCUCUGGUGCUCCAUUGCUGCGACAUUUCGCACCCUGCUAAGAGAUGGGAUCUCCACCACCGAUGGACAAUGAGUCUCUUGGAUGAGUUUUUCCUCCAAGGUGACAAAGAACGAGAUCUUGGUCUGCCCUUUAGUCCGCUCUGCGACAGAAAUAAUACUCUGGUGGCGGAAUCCCAAAUUGGUUUCAUUGAGUUCAUCGUGGAGCCCAGCAUGGGAGUUUGUGCAGACAUGCUGGAAUGCAUUUUGGGGCCUCUGCACUCCGGCAAUAAAUCCGGAACUAAUGCAGCGACUGAACCGACUAUUGAUGAAAAUUCGGGCGCCGAGAGUGUUAACAAAUUCAAGAUAAGGAAACCUUGGAUUACCUGUCUCAGUGACAAUAAGAAGAUAUGGAAGGAGCAAGCUACUAAAGACGCCGAGGCCCGAGCCAACCAGGAGCAGGAGGAGAACAUAGAGGUUCAGCCUCCACCAGAAGAAUAAUAUUUAGCCACAUUUGUAAAUAGCGUUAGAACUAGUUGUUCGAACAUGCUAAAAACGCUAUUGAAAAAAUAGUAAAGGACCUGUGCUUGAGUGUGCAAAGACGCUUUAUGUUCGUUGCUCUUGUAAUUGACGUUUUAAUAACGCACAAAUGUGAUUCGAUAGCACAAUGCGUUUAAAUGUGUAGGACGUAGGUGUAUUUAUCUAUGUGGAAGACAACAUAGUGAGCGAAUCGGAAAGGCGAAAUCCCGCUGAGCGGUGAAUGCCAUUAGUGUAUUUAAUGCUAAGACCCAUUCUAGCGUUUAAGUUUUAGAGCUUCGUUGAGAAAUUUUAAUAUAGGACGGAAGAUAACCGCUCCCGAAAUUAAAUAAGGGAAGCAUUUUUUCCUUCUCUUUCUCCUAACUAGCCAAAACCUGAAAACCACAAACAUAUUUCGUUUUAGUAAGGUCAAAUUUUUAUAACCAAUAAUCGAAAGUGAACUUUUUGGCGUCAUUAGAGUUCUUUGCCCCGUGCGACAGAUGGAUUAUAUUGCGCGGGUAUAUUAAAAAAAACUUCAAUACUGGACAUUUAAUUUGAUCGCGAUUUUUAAUUAUGACCAUAUCAAAAAUGAUACAAACACCUUCUUUUCGUAUUCGGGAACGUUUGUCUUCCUCCAACAUGAGUAUAAGUGCGAUAGCUUAAAAUAUUUCCCACGACAAACGCAUAAGAUUUAGAAUUUUUUCAGAAAAAUUAUCAAAAUGCUUUGCUCUAAUAAAUAUAUAGAAAAUGAUCAGUAGCUAAUCGUUUGUAUUUAGAUUUUAAUGUUUUAACUUAUUAAUGAUAAAAAAUAUCAGAUGCUGGUGACGGAGCAAAUAAUGUAGUGAGCACUGAGGCACUCUUCAUUCAAAUAAUAAUUUAUAAUCGUUCAUAAAACUCAUAAUGUAUUCUAACAAUUGUGUAGCUUAAUGUUAGUUAUAAAUCUUAACCCAUAUGAAAAAUACGCUUAUUAAUUUUAAUGUUUCCGAUUAAAUUGGAGUCUUGAUAUUCCUGACCAAAUGUUAUUUAUUAAUAUUAAUUAUGUUUUAGGUAAUAACGCCAUCUCAAAUACUAGACGUUAAGUAGAUAGACGUUACCUAUUAUUAUAUCUAUAGAUACUUUAAAUUAUAUCAUUGUAUUUCGAAACAACACCUUUGCUACUUAUUUUACAAUUAACUGAUAUAGAUGUAGUUUAAAAUAUACUCGAUACUUUUUUCAGAAACAGCUCCUUCUCAAAGUGAGUUUUGUCCUAUGAAACUUAAGGAAUAUAUUCGACUGAUUGGCUUCAAAUUAGGCAAGGGUACACAAAAGAUAUAGCAAAAUAUUGAGGACUCUAGCUAUUUUUGCCGUCCUUUGCGUGCGACCUAAUGCGUGGUAGAUACCUAUUAAUAAAACAUUGAAUUUAUAUUGAAACAAACGAUAAGAUUUUAGGGAAAAACAAUUGCCAAAAUUUAAAACUUAAAAACACAAUAUCGUCUGAGGCCUAGUUUUCCUGGUACACACGUGGGACCAUUCUCAUUGAAUAUCAGAAAAUAACGCCAUAAUCACAUAAAAUAUUAGCUCCCUAUUUAUUUCAGGGAAAGUAUUGAUAUAUUAUAUGUCAACUGGUGACGCUUACCGUAGAUAAUAUUGAAUUUUUUUAAAUAUUUAUCGUCUAUUUUGAAAAAAAAAAAAACAUUUAGAGCAAAAUUAGUCUAUGUAACCUUAAUAGAUUAAAAAUUAUGUAAACGUAUUCGAAAUAAUAAUUCAUUGAUGUGUGUAUUUCUGGUAAAGCCAUUUUAAUUGGGGAUAUAGCUUUAUAAAAUGUAGUUGUUAGUAUAUACUGAGCCUUAUGUAAACGUUUAUUGAUGUUUCUGUAUAAAUAGCUUGCUAUAGUACUUUAUAGAUUACUAUGUUAACCGUGUUGUAUUGGAAGACACGUAAUUCUGUUGAUCUUUUGUAAAAAUAUUUCUGAAUGUGACUCGAACAUUCCGACUUAAGUGUUUUAGUUGUAAUGUCCGUAUUUAGGGCAGUUUUAAAUUAUGAUAUGUACUUAGUCUUAAACAAAAUCAAUUUAAGAUGCAGAUACACCCAAUUGUUAGAUGUUUAGUGGUCAUGCUAUUUUAAAAAAUAAAGGUUAUGAAGUCAGCGGUGGGGUAUUUUUCAAGAUGACCAGUCUAAAACCAGAAGGUAUGGCGAAAAAUACUGAAUGUACCUACUGUGGUUUUCAAUCGACUUUGCACACACGAUAAAUAAUCGUAAUAUCAUUAUGUAAAAAACUUAAGUACCUACCUAUCUACAAUAAAUUAUAAAUAUUAACAAAUCAAUGACUACGAAAAACGUGAAUUCAUGUUUCUUUUUUAGUUAGGAGAAUAAUGAAAUAAUAAUCCCUAUAUAUGUAUAUGUAAUCUAAUAAUAUAAUAUAAUAUAUAAUACUAAAUGAAAAUCUAUUUCCGUAACAUAAACUUGAUUAGGGACCAUGGAAUAACACUGAUUUUUGUCAAUAGGUCCCAUUGAACAUUUAUGCCUGUCUAUGCGCACAAUAUUGCCAACAAAACAAAAUGCGGUCAAGCAGUACCACUGCCACCACACACGCUUCAAUGAUAACAACAACCUUACCCGUGUACAGUAUACGCGCGAUUUCAUGUCCAUCGGGAGCCUAGUCUAGUAUUGUCUUUGACAGUUGUGACGCGCGCUUAUCGAUACCGAAAAUUUACGCUAACGCUAUUGUGUUAUUUCAUGGUGAAUAAGUCAUGACUACUCCGCUUCCAACAAGUUCAGGUAGAAAAAAAUCUACACUGGUUCGGACUCUGAUCUGUCGGUUGUCUUUUCAUCUGAUAGUAAUUGAAUUGGAAUUUAUAAAAUAUUUUUCUCUAUUAGAAGUAAAUAAGUAAUUACUUAUCACAUUUAUUUUAUAAUUUGCAAAAUGACCUAGUUACAUUAAACCAAAUUGACAGCUGUUGACUAAAUCGGUAGUUAAUAUCGACAUUACUAUAAUUAACUAGGUCACAGGUAGUGCAUUCUUCAGGAUGGACAUGAACUCGCUCGCCUACUGUACCUGUGUAUCAUCACAGCCGUUAUUUUAAAAUACAAUCUAAAACAAAAAUAAUAAAACGUUCAUUUUUCAUUUACACCAUAGCGUGCCUCCUCUUCCUCGCCAACAAUGUCUUUAAAAAUUAGUUUCUAAAAAAUCACAAACGCAAUUGUCCACAGAUCUUUCAGUAUUUUUUGACAUUCUUCCCAGUCCAGGGUCGGUCUUACGCGUCCACAUGAAUAAUCAACACUAAAUAAUAUUAUACAUAAGUUUUUUCACUAUUUUUUGGCUAUAUUCGCUGUGCUGCGGCUUUGUUUAAAUCAUAUAGAAUUUAUAAUAGGAGACUGUAUUCCGCAAUUUAGGUAUUCACUAUGUACUUACAUGAAUUUAUUUACCCACUAACAAUGUCACUUUUAACGUAACGUAUUUUAAAUCUUUGAAAUCUCAUGUACUAAGUUUAGUAGAACGUUAGGUUCGUCUUUGUGUAAAUAAUAAAAAGAACAACUUUUAUUUAUGUGUAACUUUAUCAUAUUAUUGUAUAAAAUAAACAUUUUUCGUAGAAAA